AUGGACGGUCUCCCUAGUUGCGCCCUCUCGUGCCUCAUCUCAGCAAUCAGCAACUCCACAUGCAGCCUCACUGAUUUCGACUGCAUCUGCACGGACGAACCACUCAACGCAGCCCUCGCGCCAUGUAUCGCAGGGAGCUGUACGAUAAAAGAAGCGCUGACCGCCCAAAACUUCUCAUACACGACAUGCGACUACCCAGCCAACGAGAACACAACCGUCUACCAUGUCAUCAACAUCGUCGGGAUCAUCGUUGCGAUUGUAUCGGUUGCCCUGCGCAUCACGAAUCGCAUUGUCGGUGGGCAGGUUGGGCUGGAUGAUCAUACCAUUGUCGCGGCCUUGUUUGUUGCGGUUGCGAUUGCUGGUGUUGGGUUUCCUCUCCGCACAUACGGCCUAGGCAAGAAUAUCUGGAGUGUUCCCUUUGACCAUAUCAGCGAAACCCUCAAGCUCUUCUUCGUCGAAGAAAACCUCUACUGCGUCUGCAUCUCCCUCAUCAAAUCCUCCAUGCUCCUCCUCUACCUGCGCCUCUUCCCCAGCAAAACCCUCCGUCGCACCGUCUUCAUCGCCCUGGGCGUAACAGUCGCCUGGGGAACCGCAACCUUCCUCGCGCAGCUCUUCUCCUGCUCGCCAAUCAGCUACUUCUGGAAGAGAUGGGACGGCGAGCACGAGGGGCGCUGCACGAGCCAUAAUGCGCUAUUGCUCGCGCACGCAAUUAUGAAUAUUUUCCUCGAUGUCGUUGUUAUUGGGAUUCCCAUGCCGAUUCUGGUUAAACUGCAUAUGAGUCGGGAGAAGAAGGUGGGCAUGUGUGGUAUGUUUGCGGUGGGGAUUGUAGUCACGGUCAUAAGCAUCUUCCGCCUCGUUGAAGCUGUCGGAUUCAACAGCACCACGAAUCCAACCAAGGACUUUGUCCCCGUGGGAAUGUGGUCCCUCCUCGAAGUCGACAUUGGGAUAAUGUGCGCCUGCAUGCCUGGGAUCCGCGCGCUCUGCAAACGGCUCUACGCCCUGUUCUUCCCGAAACCGCUCGGAUACGCGACGUAUGAGCAGCGGAGCAAGCAGUCAAAGCACAGUGCAAGUUCGAGGGACCAAUAUGGAUCGAAACAGUACUCGUCUUCGAAGUCCAGCACGGGUGGGCUCGACAGCGCGAAUGGUGGACAGUUUAUCCGACUCGAGGAGGUUUCGCCGGAUAGAAAGAGGGAGAGAGGUAGCGAGGAGGAUCUAUGGCCGUUACGGGAUACGCCUCCACACACACGUUCGCACUCGCACACUCGCAGUCAUACGCAUACAACAAGCCAUUUCCAAGGCCCGCCUAUGACCCGGCAAGAAAGCACCGGCCGCCGCUCCAUGGGCCGGGACCGCGAAUCUCUCGGAAUCACGCAAGGGUGGCACACACAGUACCCCGCCAGUCCGAGUCCGACGCGACUAAAACCGCCGCCGUUGACGCCGACGAGGGAUACAGCGGGGGCGGGGUAUGGAUUGUUUGGGGGGAAGAAGUCGCGCGCGAACUCGAUGCAUUUUACUUGGUUUCGGGAUGGGGAUUCGUCUUCUUAG